CUCGAGGUCUCCUACCUUAUGCUCCUUUGAUCUUGAACUUGCUUUCAAGCAAGAGCUGGUUAUUUUCAGUGGCGGUAUGCAACUGCUCCCAAACCCUUCGUGGGUAUUUCAACGUCGAUCAUUCCGACUAUAAUUUGUUCUCUCCAAGAACAGUUUCAUGGAUUCAAGUGAAGUAUCUCUACGGGUCAUUUUACUCCUUGAACACAUCUAUCGUUUUCUUUAUUGUAGUUUCCUUCUGUUUUCGUCUUCCCGUUGAGUUUUCCUCCGGAUGUAAUCGUCUUAGCUCGUUUAACAUUUAGAUUAAUAUAAUCAGUUUCGUGACAAAAAAAAAGCUAUUUUUUAUUUAAUUUAAUAUUUUUUAAUUAAUAAUUUAUGUGUCACUUUGAUUGGUUCUAAAGGGUGGUGUGAAUUUAAAGGUUCACCCUAGAGGGUUAACCUAAGUUAUGUCCUAUAUAUAUGUACCUACAGUAAAACUAGUUCUUACGACUGAAUAACCCCUUCUAACCAAUUUUAUUAUUCUUUUUAGAAGCGAAAAUUAAACUGUAUUCAAUAAAGAUGCAAAAAAAAAUUUAACAGCAUGUUAAAAUACUUUAAUCGUACGUGAUUUAUCUGCAGCUUUCGACAACGUAGAUUCUUAUAUUGACAAGUAACAUGAGUUGGAGAAUACGUAGAUAAGAAAACAGACAAGAAAAACAAAGUAAAAAACGGCUAAUUACUAGCUGUGUACGUGAGAUGCGCAUCUGUUGCUUGCUGGUUAUUCAAGUUUCAGUUAUUUUCGAAGUCAAAAAUUUAUAACAACCCCUUCUUGUAGUCUUCAUCUCCCACAAUCCAUUGAGCAACAAACCCUAAGCCAUUCCAUUAGAUCUUGAUCCCGAAGCUCCUCUUCGAUACCCAACUCUCUUUUUUUUACUUCUCUAAAAAUGAAUCAACAAAAUCCACACAUGGAUUACUGGGACGCCCAAUGGCGAGGCUACAAGAGAAACGCGUCUAGCUUCUGCGAGACACAUCCUUUCCUGAUAAACUCGCAAGGGGUAUGGGAGAUAUUGGUUAACAAGGCACAAGGGAUGAGCUUCUGGGAAUAUCCACUUCCAAAUCUCGAGAUCAUAAUAUUUUCGACUUUUGUUAUUUGGCGGCUCUUUGAUUUCACAUGCAGCAAGAUCGGUCUUCGAGUACCUAGAUUCACUUAUAUGAUGAUCGCAGGGGUAAUCUUAGGUCAAACUUGUUACGUAAACAACAAGUCAUGGCUUCACAACAUAUUUUUUCCUGAUGAUGGCCGACCAAAGGUCGCCGAGACACUGGGGGCCUUCGGGUUCCUUUUAUAUUGGUUCCUAAAGGGUGUGACAAUGGAAGCUGGAACAGGAUUGAGGAUGGGUAAAAAAGCUGGUGUGAUUGGUUUCACCACAAUGUUUGCACCCUUGAUCUGUGGCAACUUCUUGUUCAGAUGGAGAAAAAGAGGCAAUAUAAGCGUGUUAAUCACAGAAUACAGGUUGAUCAUAUUCAUGCAAAGCAUAUCCGCCUUCACAAGCAUCGACACACUCUUAAGAGACCUCAAGAUCAAACACUCGGAGUUUGGAAGGAUAGCACUCGCCGGGUCCAUGGUGACCGACAUGUUGGCUUUUAUCGUAACGUUUUUGAAUGCCAUGCAUUAUGAAAAAUAUGACGGAUUGCUGCAAACCAUAUUUAGCUGCUUAUUUUUCGCCUUUAUGAUAUUUGUCAUGAGGCCAGCUAUGUACUGGGUGAUCAAGCAGACUCCAGAAGGGAGGCCGGUCAAGGAUUUCUACAUCUACUUGAUUUUGGCGCUUGCUUGCUUAUCCUUCAAAUAUUUUGUCGCGAUUCAUUCGUAUGGACCCGCGGGAUCGUUUGUUUUUGGCUUGGCUGUCCCCAACGGAUAUCCUCUAGGUUCUGCUUUUGUUCAAAAGUUUGAGAGCUUUAAUCUUGGUGCUUUAUUUCCACUGUUUGGAUCAUUGACUAUGAUGCAAGUGGAUGUCCCGUGGUUGUUGAAAGAGUGUGGAAAUCUCAUACGCAUGGAGGGUCAGCUUUACGAGGUUGUUUCCUUUAUUCUUUUUGUGAAUGCCACAAAGUUCAUCGCUUCCACCAUUGCCGCAUAUUCUUUUAAAAUGCCUUUAAGAGACUCCUUUGCUCUAGCCCUUGUUUUAAAUAACAAGGGGGUCUUCGAGCUCGCCUACUUCGCGUAUGCAGUUGAAACAAAGAAAGUAAGGCCAGGGGUUUUCACAAUCGUCGCUGCAAUCAUCCUCUUAAACUCCAUCUUCAUACCAAUGGCCUUGGAGCUAGUCCAUGACCCAACCAAAAGAUUCAAAAGCUAUCGAAAAAGGAAUUUGGCAAUCUUGAAAGACGGCGCAGAACUCCAAUCUCUUGUGUGCAUCUAUAAACCUGAUAACAUAACUUCAAUGAUCAACCUUUUGGAAGCUUUUAACCCAUCGAAAGAUUCUCCAAUGGCGUGCAGCGUACUCCACCUCAUCGCACUUGUGGGUCAAGCCACUCCUACGUUCAUUUCCCACCAGUUGCAAAAACCGGAGCUCGGAAGUAUCUCUUGUUCAGACAAUGUCAUAACCUCCUUCCGUCGCUUCCAACAAAAAAUCUAUCAAUAUACAUCACUGGAUAUAUUCACUUCCGUCUCCAUGACCAAACACAUGCAUGAGGACAUUUGUUGGCUAGCCCUAUCCAAAAGCAUGACUCUGAUUCUGCUUCCUUUCCACCGAACCUGGUCUGUUGAUCGAUCCACGGUUAUCUCUAACGAUGAUAAGCUGAGAAUAAUCAACAUUAAUGUCCUGAGACGAUCCCCUUGCUCUGUUGGAAUCUUCAUCUAUCGCAAACCCAUCGUGGAAUUACAUGGGCUCCUCUCGCCCUCCAGACCACUUCGCAUAUGUCUGAUAUUUAACGGUGGAAAGGACGAUAAAGAGGCUCUGGCGAUAACGAACCGACUGAGACUUACGGAGACACGUAUAAGCUUGACUAUCAUAAGAUUCACUCCAACAUUUUCUGAAAUGAAGAACGAGGAGAUGGAGGGAACCUUCCAAAUGGUUAGCCUAGAGGAGACCGUGAGUAACGUCGUCAAGGAAAAGGAUGAAUCUGUGACAUAUAUCGACAAAGCGAUUUCAGAUGGAUCUGAGACCUCCAAGAUCUUGAGAGCAAUGGGAAAUGAUUAUGAUUUGUUCAUAGUCGGGAGAAGCAGCGGACUAGGUACUGAAGCUACUAGCGGACUCAGCGAGUGGACCGAGUUCGAAGAACUGGGACCCAUUGGAGAUUUGUUAGCAUCACAUGAGUUUCCUUCUAGAGCAUCAGUGUUAGUUGUAAAAAAACAAGAAUACAUUCAUCAUACCAAAAGCCAGAAAAGGAGAUCCAAGCGAUGCAUGUGAGAAAUAUGUAUUAAAGAAGCUGUUGUAUAACAGAAAAAAUUCACCAAACUCUUGUGUAUACAUUGUUAUCACAUAUUCAUAUAUAUACAUGGUUUAGGCAAAGAAAACCAAACCAAUGGAAAUGCAAGAUGAAGCCAGUUCUGUUUUGCUUGAUUUCUGAUUCUUUACUCUUCAAACAAUUUUAGCAUAGAAGCACUUGAUGUACUUGAUUGAAUAAAUUUGAAAUUCAUUAUAAAAAAAACAAUCAGAAAGCAGAAGAACACUUACCAAAAGUUAUAUAAUAAAUCAACUACUCUAAUUGAUCAAACCAAUGGUUAAAAGAUAUUUAACGAAAUAUUAUGCUAUAUAUCAGCUGGAAAUAGGAGAGGGGCCAUGAAGAAGAACUUUAAUCAAAAUGUCGGCAUUAGAAGAAGAAACAAGGAAAAAGUUUCAUAAAACCAAUUUUGACUUGAUCAUGGGCUGUGUGACAAUCUGUUUGUAUGUAACUUAAAGGAGAAUUAGCCAAAGAUUAUACAAUAAACUAAUUGAUAAAACCAAUAGUUAAGCUUAAGAAAACUUAACCAUAAAUUAUACAAUAAGUCAAGUACUCUACUACCAUGUUCAGUGCCCAGCUCUUUGAUUUUGUGCGUUGUCAUCAAAUUAAGUUUAGUUUAUAAUGUAUGAAAUGUGUGAAAUUAUGGAGCUCCGUGAUUCUAUUUUUUCCAAAAAUUCUGAUCCUUCGCUUCUUGGUUUAUCAAAAUUAGACUACUUUUAUUGCUUAUUUAGGAAAUGUGUUCGCCGGUUCAAUUCAAACCAAGAACCGCCAAGGCGCCAAGUAUAUGUAUCGUCAUAUUUACCUGUCUAGGACUUAAGUAACGCAUGAGCUGUCGGCAGAGAGCC